GGCAGCUGGCAGACGCGGCCGAGCGUCAAUUGGCGAAGAGCUGAUGAGUGGCAAGGAAGAAGGGGGAAAAAGACGAACCCGCUGGGGGACUUUCCGCCUACAGUCCCAAGAUGGACGCGCUCAGCAUUGGCCAGCACUACAACCACCAACACCAGCACUCCAACCAUGGACACUUCGCAACACAGCAAUUACCGUCGCAUCGCUCGCGCAAGCGCAAGGCCGAGGCACCUCCGGAGAACAAUGAACGCCUCUCCAAAAGGCUGAGUUUGCUGAAUCUCGGUAUUGCAGUCCCGCCCAGUCGGCCAUUGCGUGCCCGUUCCGUGGCAUUAACCCUGCUGACGUACACCCCUAGAACAAUCCGGCCAAAAGCUCUAUGUGCCAGUCGAGAAUCCCACCGCCCACACCGCGGAGCGCAGCGAGCACGGCGGCUCGAAAAAAUCCAAACACAAAUCCAUCCCCGAGGAUGGCUCGCAAAUGCAGCUCGACGACACCAAGUACAAAGUCUACAUCUACAACCUCGAGGACGAGCUCUCCUCCUCGGACGCCGAAAGCGACGCCGACUCGAGCAAGCUCGUCUUCCUGCCCGACAUCGAAAAGCACCUGCUCAACAACCGCAUUCCGACCCGCGUGCUCAACCCGCGACCCGACCCGGCCGCCGAGAUGGCGGGCAAGGAGCUAGUGCUGUACAGCGUGCCGAGCUCGAUCUCGGUGCCCGAGGAACAGGACAGCGUGCGCAAGGCGAUCAUUGAGGCGCGGGCGCGGGCGCGGGAGAAGCAGAGGGUCGAGCGGGAGCAAGCUUCCGUGGCGCCGGUUUCGAAUCCCACGCCGCUGGCGACGUCACCCUCGCCAUCGGGAGGUAUGCCCGCGGAGCGCACGGGGUGGCCGGGGUCAGAGGACGAUCCGGAUGCGAUGGAUAUCGACUAAGGAGUUCAGAGGAGGCGGGGCGGCAUACACACACACACUACGGCGCACAAUGGGAGAGUCUGCUUUUAGCGAGGUGUUCCGGGGUGCAUUUACUAUUACAUGAACUUGGCAUGGGCCAAUGGAGACAU